UUUAAAUAGUUUACAAUCGUGAUAAUAUGAUGGUAACAAAUGCCCAAGUUUUAUACAGACCUUUUUAUUCCAACGAACGUGAUAGUAUCUCAGUAAAAACUUUCCAGAGAUGAUUACAGGAAACAUGCUCAUAAAGUAAUGAAAAAAAUCGAUAUUGUGCCAAAAAAAUGAUUUACUUUUUAGUGAAACUGUAUAAAAUUAGCUAUAAUAUUAACUUUUUAGGAGUUCAUUGUUUUUACUGUUCGAAGGUUGAUAAAUUGAUUGUUACGAGAUCACGAAGUCCUUUCCGUCACGCAAUCACGCGUAUUUACAAACAGUAUUUAGAUAGAAAUGUUCUUUUAUAUUGAGUUCUGUUCGCUAACCUAAAAGUGAAAAAGUUUUUUCGUAUAUUGAAGCCUUUACACCCCCUUAAAACGCGCUCUUUUGUCAACAAAAUUCUAAGUUGAUAUACGCGUAACAAUUAAUUCCGUAAUAAAACAGCUAAACUGCGCAACCGCGCGAAGAGUAAAUAAAGUUUAAGCACACUCGAGUGGCUUCAGCAAUAUGGAAGGAAUUGCUGUGUUGUUGCCGAUUCUUUGCAGUUUUCUGAACGUACACUGGACUUCAGCGUGUUCUUCUGACAGCGACUGUUACGGUAGAGAACGCUGCUGUAAAGUCGGACAUUUUGAAGGAAAGGGUUCGUGCGUUAAUCAUGUGAAUUGCUAUGACUUUUGUGACGACCGUAACGACUGUUCUGCGCCAGACAUAUGCGACAUUUAUAACAAUAUCUGUACUACAGCAUGCAGCUUUACUAGCCAGUGCCAUCAAGGAUAUAUCUGUGAUGACGGGCAUUGUAUUUGGGAUGAAGAUUCAGCGGAAUCCGAGUUAAACAUUACCACACUCAUCGCUGUAAUUGUUGGCCUUGGGGCCCUCCUGUUUCUGGUUUGCUGUUGCAUGAAACAGAAACGUCGUUCAGAUCAGCAUAACAGAGCCUCAGGGAACAGUUUAACUUACAGAGCUACCGGAGGAACAACUCUACGGCAGAAUGGAGAGGUUGACAGGUUGCAAACGAGUUCAAAUUUACAAGGAGAUGAAGAGUCUGGUGUUCAAAUCCCAGAUCCCAUCGCCGAAGGUGGACCCCCUGCAUACAGUGAAGUCAGCGCUCAGCCCGAGUCACCUCCGCCAACUUACGAAGAGGUUAUGAACGCGUCACAUGAGAUCCUGCCUCCGAAUGUACGUGAGCAUCAAGUUUGAUCACGUUGAUUGAACAAUGCUAUGUGUGAAUCAGUUCCAAAGGCGGACAUUGCCCCCGCCAACACCACCACUGUUUCGAUAUCGAACAGAUCAU